ACCUAGGGGUCACUAACAUUCGGUCUGUGGGGUAAAUGUUCGCCAGCUUUCCCAGGAACGAAGAUUGGUUGGCCAACCAUUUUGUUUUCCUGUGGAGUCCAACCGGAAGCGAGUCUCGCCGUGUUGCACUUCCAAAAUCGGAAACGUAUAAACAGGGCUCUCCUGAAGAUGUUCUCAGGGUACCAUGAGCGUGUGGACCUUGAGGAUGAGCUGUACCAGGAUGAAGAAGACUCGAGUUUGUCGGAUGCCGAAAGCGAGCUGCAGUUCCGACUUUAUUCCCAGCUGCACUAUAGCACUGAGAACCAGGAUUCCCAUGAGAACUUGACAGAGGUCCAGUCAUCAGUACCACAGACUCAACCUCAGCAGAAAUCUUUGCCUCCCCCUCCUCCUGCUGCACCUGUAGAUGUCAUAGUGAUAGACUCUGGUCCAGAUGCUAUCACAGUAUCAGAUAACACAGAGGAAGAUGACAGCGUGUGUGCAAAGAAAGGCCAAACGUCAAAGCACUGUAGCCUGGCACGCAAGAGGUGCGAGCCCUAUAGUGCCCAUUCGCUCAAUCCAUCACGUGGUCAAACAGGAAGAAACUCUCCGGUUGAUAUUGUGGUGUUGGAUUCAGAUUCAGAUGAGAGCUCAGAUUCCCAUUCGGUACCCCCUUUUGUUGAGGAUCUGGGUUCGGAUUCCGAUUCGGAUGAACUAGAGAACUGGAUGAUUCUGGGUCGGGAUAAACAUGAGGAAGAUCAGAGCAUCCAGCUGAACCUUUCCAUAUCAGAGAACUGUGAGACACCAGAACAUGUAAAUGAUGGAGUGAAGGUUGCGAACUGGAUUGUUUCAGAAAGGGAUAAACGGGCUCAGAUCUAUAAUAAAGGGGUUGGCCCGAGGCGUCUGUCAAACCGUUACUACAAUGAAAAUUCUGUCACGUGUCACAACUGCAACAAGGUUGGCCACCUCUCCAAAAACUGCCCCACACCGAAGAAGUUGCCGUGCUGCUCAUUAUGUGGGGUUCGGGGACACUGGGCACGGACCUGUCCGAAGCGUCACUGUUCAAACUGCUCGCUGCCCGGCCACACCUACGAUGACUGUCUGGAGAGAGCUUACUGGCACAAGCGCUGCCAUCGCUGUGGAAUGACUGGCCACUUCAACGAUGACUGCCCAGAAGUCUGGAGGCAGUACCAUAUCACGACCACACCAGGACCCAUCCGUCAGUCCAAUAAUCCAGAGGCCUGCAAAACACCUGCCUAUUGUUACAACUGCUCUAAGAAAGGACACUUUGGCUUUGAAUGCUCUGAUAGGAGAAUGUAUAGUGGGACAUAUCCCUCCCUGCCCUUUGUUUCCUAUUAUGACAAUACACAAGACAUCAAUUGCCGGGAACACCGACUUAAAAAGAAAGCCAGAGAACUGCAGGAUGCUGGAUUGAUUGAUUUGCCAGAUGGUGGUGCUGUUUCAUCCACCCCUCAGCCACCCCAGAAGAAACGGAAAACCUACCAUCAACAGUCCCCGUACAGUACCCCUACUCAGCCAAACAACUCGCACACACCGAGGAGACGCAUCGCGCACACACCAAGACACCAACCGCAACAGUUCACCCACAUGAAUUUCAAUCAGGACCGACAAACACCGGGGAAAGGAGGACAAAACACCCCUCACAGUGCAUUCACACCCCAUAAACUCGGCAAGAAGAAAGCCAAGAAAAAGAAAAAAAGUUCAUCGGUUAUAGUUCUAGACGAAGACGCGGACUUUCCGAGAGGUUGCAAAAAUAGCCCUUACGCUAAAGGAGAGGUCACAUCACCUUGGACAGCCAAUAAAAACCCAGGUAUGCCCUUUGGAAUGAAAAAGAACAAUAGCAAGAAAACAGAGAGCCAAACGAAAAAGAAGGAAAGGAUGUGGAGAAAAAGGCAAAAAAAAGCUGCGAAUGAUGCCGCCACGUAUCAGCCCGACGACCUUUUUCGGAUCAAACAAAGGCGAAGCAGAUAAACAUGCUCGUAAUUGUGCGUAUGGGGGCCGCAUGCGUGACACAUGCUGGUGUGGCCGUGAGUCAGUGAGAUGGUGAAUUUUUCAAAUGUGUGUCACCACCUACUGGCUACUUUAGGUCUGUUUUGAUUCGUCUUCCUCCAUCCACAUGUAUAAGGGCCUGUUUAUUUAUAGUUGCAGGAAUUCUGGAAAAUACUGUAACAAAACAGAUGUCAAGGUGCUGCUAUGAAAUAUUGCAACAGACCACCCCUGAUUUUAGUGGAUUUGAAAGGAUUUGAAGGCACGCACACACAAACCCACUUCACAAAUUUUGCAAAUAAUUGCAUGUUCACAUUUUUAAUUCACUCUGUCUGAAAGUUUGGUGCUGAUGUAAGAUUAUAAGAGGGAAUCAAUAAUAUCUAUUAAUGUCAUGGCUGGCUGAAUUAUUUGAUGGUGUGCAUAUACCAAACUUACUAAAACAAUGCAUAAUUUUGAAGCUAUUUAAUUGAAUAUUUAACAAAUUUCUGGUAUUUUAGUAGCGGAUGAAGUUUUGCUUUUACAUGAAGAGGACAGUACGAGUUUUCUAUUUUUUUGUGUACAUGCUAAUUUCUGUGACAUUGUGAAUAAAGCCGGUUUGUUUUGA